AUGGUCCAGUACGCUGGCCAGCAAGAUCUCCUGAUUUAUUGGGGUACAUCGAAAGAAGCAGUUUAUCACAAUGGCGACCUCAAUAACCCAAAUGAAAUGAUUCAAAGAAUCCAAAAUCACGCCCAGCAUCUAGAACCCGAAAAAAUACAUCAGAUAAGACGUAGAGCUAUUUUGUGUAUUCAGCAACAGGGGGGGCAUUUCGAACAAUGCUUGGAUGGUGAUGAUGGUAGUAAUGGUGAUGAUGAUGUUGCUGAGGAGGAGGACGAGAAUGGUGAUGAUGUUGUUGAGGAGGAGGACGAGAAUGGUGAUGAUAUUGAUGUUGAUAGCAAUGAUGAAAAUGGAGAAGAUGAUGAUGAUGAUAUGAACAACGAUGGUGAAAAUGAUGGCAGCGAAGACGGUGAGGCUGAUGAUAGUAUGGAUGAAGAUGAUGACGACAUUGGCAACGAUCCGGAUUGGAAGAUAUGA